AUGCCCCAAGUAGGUCCAAUUGAGCCAGGUCCAGAUACCAUAAGGAUCCUCAUAACGACAGACAACCAUGUCGGUUAUAACGAGAACGACCCGGUCCGUGGUGAUGAUGCGUGGAAAACUUUUGAAGAAAUAAUGUACAUUGCAAGAGAUAAUGAUGUUGAUAUGGUUUUACAAUCUGGUGAUCUUUUCCAUAUAAAUAAACCUACAAAGAAAUCACUAUACCAUGUUAUGAAAAUCCUUAGAAGAACUUGUUUUGGUGAUAGACCUUGUGAAUUGGAAUUGUUGAGUGAUCCUUCAUUAGUAUUUGAUGAUGGGUUUAAUAGUGUGAAUUAUGAAGAUCCAAAUCUAAACAUAUCCAUACCAGUGUUCAGUAUAAGUGGUAAUCAUGAUGAUGCUUCUGGUCAAGGUUUACUUUCUCCAUUGGAUCUAUUGAAUGUUAGCGGGUUGAUUAAUCAUUUUGGUAGAGUUACUCAAAGUGAUGAUAUUAACAUAACGCCUUUACUAUUACAGAAAGGUUUAACAAAACUUUCGUUAUUUGGAUUAGCUAGUGUUCGUGAUGAAAGAUUAUUCAAAACUUUUAGAGAUGGGAAAGUUAAAUUCAGUUUACCAUCUAUACAAACAGAUGAAUGGUUCAACCUAAUGUGUGUUCAUCAAAAUCAUACAGCUCAUACAAACACAGCAUAUCUACCAGAGCAUUUCCUUCCAAGCUUUUUGGACUUGGUGAUAUGGGGGCAUGAACAUGAAUGUAUACCAUAUACGGUCCCUAAUGCAGCUACUGGGUUUGAAACUUUACAACCUGGUUCAUCAGUGGCAACUUCAUUAUGUGAAGGUGAAGCGGUUGAGAAAAAAGUCUUCAUCCUUAAUGUUAAUCAAAAAAAUUACAACUUGGAACCAAUCAAGUUGAAAACUGUACGACCUUUCCAUAUGCUGGAAAUUUCAUUAUCAACAGUACCAGCUAUAAGACCAGGACUUGCUUAUAAAAAUGAAGUUACUCAGUUCCUUAUUGAAAAAGUGGAAAAUUUGAUCAAAGAAGCAAAUGACGAUUAUAAAUUGGAGAAUCCAGAUGAUGAAUCACCACCAUUACCUCUAAUCAGAUUAAGAGUUGAUUAUUCAGGGGGUUAUGAAGUGGAGAAUCCAAGAAGAUUUAGUAAUAGAUUUGUGGGGAAAGUUGCUAAUGUUAAUUCAGUUGUGCAAUUCCAUAAAAAGGAUAAAAAUCUUAAUGGUUUGAAUUCAAAAAUUGGUAAAAUAUCACUUUCAAGAGAAAAUGGUGAUGAUGGUGAAGGUGCUGAAGGUAUUCACGUUGAAACUUUAAUUAAUAAUUUCUUGAAAGAAGCUGAAUUAUCUUUAUUACCUGAACAAGGUCUUAAUGAUGCUAUUAGGCAAUUUGUGGACAAAGAGGAUAAAUCCGCAUUGAAAGAGUUCGUUGAUACCGAAAUGGCUAGUGAAGUUAAACAAUUUAUGCAAAGUAAUGAUUUAAAUUUUGAUGAUGAUUUCAAAACAAUUUUGAAAAAAAUUAAAAAAGAACGU